AUGUUUUCAAAAAAAGCUGUUACCGGAGCUACUAGGUUGCUUGUGAGGCAUUAUCAAGUUCCUACAACGACCCGGAAGAUUAUUCCUGUGUAUCCACCAGUACAAGAAGCUCCUGCAUCCAACCUUGUCAAGAAAAUCGCAAAAAAAGAUGUUGAUUCCAUACUGGAUCCUAAUGGAUGGCGUCAAAAGCUAAUCUCUGUCCACAAUAAAGAGCGUAUCAGAGCAGGAGAUGUCGUAAGAGUUGUUUACGAUGGAGAAAAAUGUAAGUAUGACAACAUAAUGGGCUACGUGCUUUCAGUGGAUCGCAAGGCUCUGGCACAGGACGCUUCUCUCCUUUUAAGAAAUCAAAUCUCCAAAACAUUUGUUGAAACUAGAGUUCCACUAUUUUCUCCUUUAAUUGAGAGAAUUGAUAUAAUCAGAAGAGCGGAUGCUAGGAGAGAAAGGAACAAGCACUAUUACAUAAGAGGCACCAAACUGGAUGUUGGUGACCUGGAAGCGGGUAUGAGAAAAAGAAAAUAG